GGCUCUAUAUUUCUGGACUUUACGGUAAUACAAUUUUCAUAUGAAGCAGUUGGAAUUAAAACUCUGCAUGAGCCAAACAAGCUAACUGGCUCUCAAGAAGCUUUAGUUGAAUCUUUCUUUAGUCUAA